AUGCCUUGGAACCUUGAAGGACGUGUGGGCGUUGUGACUGGAGCUUCAUCUGCCAUUGGUAGAGUGGUAGCCGCACGUUUAUUAACACAACAUCGUAUGCAAUUGGUAUGCGUGUCUAGGAGGGAUUUGACGGGCCUAGUCGCACCAGAAUGCAGUUGUUUAAAGGCGGACCUUACAGUUUCCUCUGAAUGUGAUGCUUUAAUGAAAUCUGUGAGGACGUCACAUGGACCAGUAUCCCUUCUUGUCAAUUGCGCUGGUGUAACCCUUAGUAAAAUGCAUGUGCACUGUACAGAUGACGAUUACGAUGCAGUGAUGAACGUUAAUGUGCGUGGGGCGCUUCAAAUAACGCGGUCCGCACUUCGUCAUGGGGGCAUGUUGAAGACUGGAGACGGUUGCGUUAUCCACAUUGGCUCUGUUGUAGGUAGUGUGGGAAACGAGGGACAAGUAGUGUAUGCAGCAUCGAAGGCGGCACUAGGCGGUGCCGUGAAAUCAUGGGCUCGAGAGUAUGGCAGCAAAGGGUUGCGUUUCAACGUGAUUGCGCCAGGUCUUGUAGACGGCCCUGGGAUGGGUGCUGCUUUGACGGAAGCCCAACGAGAGGCUUGGCGGAAACGCUCUUCAAUGGGGCGUCUCGCCACUGCGGAGGAUAUCGCCGACGCCGUUAUUGGUAUCUCUGGCUGUUGCUUUAUCAAUGGUCAGACUAUCUGCGUCGAUGGGGGUCUCGCAUGA